UCUAAAAUUAACAAAUGUUCUACAACUUAACAGACAGUUUACAGAAUUUUGCCGUGUACAGGAAAUGGAGAAAUAUACAUUUUGGAAGAGUGUAUUUGUGAUGAUUUUAGCUUUCGGUCACUUGACGUUCUGCUUUACUGGAACUGAAGAUCAAGCACCAGCCAAAAAACAUGGAACACUGCGAGAACCAAGGUUGAAUUUUGGAGUAUUCAAUAUUUUCCAGUUUCCAAAUAUACCCUGCACUGUAGGAGAUCAAACUGGAACUUGCUACUCAGCUCUUGAUUGUAUUGGAAAAGGGGGAAAUUUUUCUGGCUCCUGUGCCAAGGGAUUUGGCGUAUGUUGCCUUUUCAUCCAAAGUUGUGGCGGGAGUGUGUCCGACAACAACACAUACUUUGUAAAUCCUGGUUAUCCUUCUCCGAGCUCUCGGAAUGAACUCUGUUCGAUGACUGUCAAGAAAAUUUCUUCCAACAUCUGCCAGCUUCGUCUAGAUCUGGAACAAUUCGAUACAGUAGGCCCUGAUUUGAUGACUGGUACUUGCCGAGCAGAUUCCUUUUCUGUUAGCGGACAGGACAUCAACAGUAUAGUUCCUGUGUUAUGUGGCAAAAAUUCUGGCCAACAUGUUUACGUUGAAGUUGGAAGUUCUUCUGGACCGUUCACUGUUAGAAUGAUAUCAUCCAACGUAACAUAUUCUCGAAUGUGGAAAAUUAGAGUGUCCCAGAUGUUGUGCAAUAGUGUUAAUAAAGCUCCUCCUGGUUGCCUCCAGUACUAUAGCGGAGCCACGGGAUUGUUUCAAAGUUUCAACUAUGGAAACCAAAAUCCUGAAAAAGGCUAUUUAGCAAACUUGAAUUACGCUAUUUGUUUUCGUAGAGAAGCAGUGUCAUUCUUUGUAGCCGUUUCGGGACCUAUAACCGUUUCUGUGUUGACAGACCAACUGCACGACCCUAUCAUUCCAGGAUUCCAGCUUCGUUACACCCAGAUGGCGUGUUCUCUCAGCAAAUAA